UAAAUUAGUUACAAUAACAGGGUCACGUGGGGAUGUAAGGAAGGAAGUUGUGGGAAAAUGAGGUGGUGUGGAAAUGCAACAAGUUCAAUUGCAAUUGCAAUAUCAACAAGUGGAGUGGGCGUGCCGUCUUCGUCGUCGUCAUCGUCAUCGUCAUGGUUUUGUUGUUGUUGGAAAUGGAAACUGUGCCACAACAACUCUACUUACCCAGUAACAGCAACAACAACAACGGAACUAGUUUGGCCAUAUCGCAAUAAUCGGAAUGUGAUGAUGAAGAAGAAGAAGGUGCGUUGUCUGAAAAGGGCAGAUGUAAGUGAAGGACGAAGACGACAACAGGGCUUUGAAUUCGAUCCUGAGCUGCGGUCGGUGCUUGAACUUGCAACCGACUCCGAGUUGUCUGAAAUUCAAACAAUCCUUUUCGGCCCCAGCUACUUGAGUCCUUUGCUUAAAUCAAUCACAAGUGCAUCAAGUAACAUGGAUCCAUCCAUGAUCGAACAUGACAUUCAACUACGCCAACACUUUAUUGAGACUCUUGAGUCCCGCUUUUUCUUCCUCGCUGCUGAUGCCCGUUCAACAUUAAGGGGUUGGAGGCCUUCUUACAGAAAUGUCUUGCUUCACCUAACCUCUAAAUUGAAUAUUCCUUGCUCAACCCAACUCCACACUCACCACCUUGAACUUGAAAUAUUCCUCCACCUUUUACACUUCAACUCCCAUGUAUCCGCCUCCUCUCAUACUCAAUGGAAACACUUUCAAUCUAUUCUUUUCAAGGGAGGUGGUAUAUUUACGUUGGCAAAGAUAUAUCAAUUGUUGGCGAGCAAAUUAUCUGGGAAAAUGCUUGUAGAAGCUGCUAACUACCAGGUUAAGAAAGAGUUAUUGAAGAAGGGUGGACAGGUAGCUUUGAUCAAUCUAGAAUCCAGAGCUGCUUUGCUUGCAGCAAAACAGGGUUUUCUUGGUGCUGCGUCAAGAUAUCUGGGUUUUAGAAGCAUGCUCACAUUACUUGGACCUGUGCUUUGGGGAACACUUCUGGCUGAUCUUGUCAUUCAAAUGCUGGGAACGGAUUAUGCUAGAAUCUUGCGAACAAUUUAUGCUUUAGCUCAGAUUCGAGUGAUCCGUACGUACAAGCUACCAUCUGACAUUGCUGAGGAAUAGUUAAGUGGUUCCUUUCAAGGGUGGUGAUUGUGGAAUAUGUUGGACUUUGAGCUCGUUGAAAACUUUGGAGGAUAGGGACGUGUCAGUAAACGGUUCUAAAGUAACACAAGCACCACUCUUUUUUGAGAGAGCACAAGCACCACUCUUAAAAUUCGUAAAUAUGUUAAUAUUGGCCUAAUAGACUAUAGGGAUAAAUAUGUUUUUGGUCCCUGUAAAUAUACAAACUUUUCGUUUUAGUCUUUCUAAAAUUUUCCUUCAACUUUUAGACUAUAAAAUUUUCAAUCACUACUUUUGGUCCAUAUUU